AUGGCCACGCCCGUGCGCUGCGGAGAGCUGCUGUGCCAGCGCGACUCCUACGCCCGCGCCGUCAGCACCGUCGUCGUCUCGUGCGAGCCGCGAGCGGCUGCUGCUGCUGCCGCGCCCGGAAAAGGGAAGAAGGGCAAGGGUGCUGCUGUGCCGCCGCCGCCGCUCCCAGAGUGGGAGGUCGUCCUCGGCGACACGGUGCUGUUUCCGGAGGGCGGCGGCCAGCCGAGCGAUGCUGGUACUGUGGGCGGCGUGCAGUGCUCACGAGUCGACAACGUGGACGGCCUCGCGCGCCACGUGCUCUCGGCGCCGCUGGAGCCCGGCACUGCGGUCGACGUCGUCCUCGACUGGCCGCGGCGCGAAGACAACAUGGCGCAGCACUCUGCGCAGCACCUGCUGACUGCGAUAGCGCUACGGAAGUGGGGCUACGACACGACCUCGUGGGGCCUCGGGGACGCGACCUCGUUCCUCGAGCUCGGCACACCCGAGUUCACGCCGCUGAUGAUGGCGGAGCUAGAGGCGGAGGCAAACGAGGCGGCGGUCGCCCCCUCGUGGCACUCCGUCGCCGACGUCAACGAGGGCCGCGUGCCGGGGCUGCGAAAGUCCUCGAAGCCCCUGCCCCCUUCCGUGACCGGGCCCGCGCGGGUCGUCACGCCCGUGCGGGUCAUCACGUACGACGGCCUCGACACGAAUACCUGCUGCGGCACGCACGCCGUCAAGCUGCUCCGCGUCGAGCGGGCCAAGGGCGCCUGCCGCGUCCUCUACGUCGCUGGAGGCCGCGUCGUCUCGCUGCUGGGCAGCACCUUCGAGCGGUCCGCUCUCCUCGCGAGCAAGAUGAGCGUGCCGCAGGAGCAGCUGCUCGAGCGGUACGACGAGAACGCGCGCAAGGCGGCGCAGUGCAGACGGAGCGGCGAGAGGCACGGGGCCUGGUCUGAGCGUCGCCGCUUCUCUCCCGCAGGCGGUCGAGCACGAGCGAGCCGCAAAGCGCUGGCCGAGGCGCAGGGGCUGCUCCUCGUUACCGCGGGGCCGGGGGCGGGGGAGGGCACUUUCACACUUGCGGGGCCGCCCGACCUCGUCGACGCUGCGAGCGGCGGCGUGGCGGCGGCGCUGGAGGGGCGCGGCGGCGGGAGGGGGGGGCGCUUCCAAGGCAAGUGCCAAAAGGUUGGCGCGGCGGAGGCUGCGAUGGCCGCCGCAGAGGCGGCUCUCGCCCCGUGA